AUGGAAAAUGCCUUCCAUGACUACUAUUUCAGGAUUCAGCCAGAAGUCACCAUCAGUGAUCUUGCUGCCCUCAAACAGAGUGAAGAUGAGCCUGCCCAAGACUUCAUAACCAGAUUCAAAAAGCUCAAAAUGAAAUGUCGAAUCCCUAUGGAGGAAAGGUACUUCAUUCAAAUGGGUCAAACUGCCCUUACAAUUUCUCUGAGGAAGAGAUUUGAUGGGAUGUUGUUUGGAGACCUGGCAGACAAAGCAUCAAAACACGAGGAAGUGCUCAGGGAAGAACAACAGAAGAGGAACUCUUCCAAAGGCACAUAUUACAAAACCUCAUCUUCUUCAGUACAUCUAGUUGAGGUAGAAUCAGAAGAAGGUACAGAAAGCUUGAAAGAAAGGGAAGUUGCAGUGGUAGAAAUGGAAAAAUUAAACCAUCCCAUCAGUUGUAAGGCUUUAACAAAGCCACCAAAGCACCAAAAACCGCCACCAUUUACAGGAGGGUUUGUUCCAAACAAACUAGCAAAGAACAAAAUCUAUUCCUUCGAUUUAACCAAGGUUGAUGCUCUAUUUGAUGAGAUGCUGCUGCAAAAGGCAAUAGAGACAUCUCACAGGUUGCCCAAGCCAGAGGAACUCAGGGGCAAACAAUAUUGCAGAUGA